GAUGUCUAAAACAUCAAAAAAAAAAUGACAAUAAAUUUUUUUUCGUGAUUUCUCUAAAUAAUCUUUAUUAUUAAAGAAGGGUAGGUUAAAUUUCGAAUCUAAAUUUUUAAAAAUGUAUUACUUGGAUGAAACAAAAUUAGAAAUACACGAGGAAGUUGAAGAGAAAUUUGAAUACGUAGUUGAAAGAGAAGAACAAAAAAAUGUUUGCUUUGGAUCGUCGCAAAGAAGAAAGACGGGUUUUGUUGAUGGAGGCAAAUUGAGCAAAUGUGGCCCUGGUUCUUACAAUAUUAAAUCGGGAAUAGAUCAGUUUUUAAAUAAGGUAAGAAGCAAAAGAGGUGUACCUGGGUUGGCAAACUGCGCUCCAAGAUCGGGAGGACGAACUGAACAAACUCCAAGUCCCACAAGAUACGAUCCUGAGCCUGAACGUCCACCAAGACACGACGGAGCUGCUCCAUUUGACAUAAAAUGCUCACGGGGAAAAAUGUUUAUCAAUAAAAAUCCGGGACCUGGAACUUAUACUACCGCAGUUAGAAAAUGCCGACGAACGAGAUUGAAUAGUAAUUUUGGAAAGCCUACUGUGAUUCCGACGGUAGAAGAAGUGUGUAUACCAACAGCAGUUGAUACCUGCAUAAAAUGUUCAAGAGUUUGCGAAGGAGAUUAUUGGCAAAACAAUCACACAGUUUUUUUGUGUCAGUGCUGUAUGGCGGAAGAGGUCAGGUUACACGAAGUUUUCAAUAAAGAGGAGCUAAGAAAUUUUAUCAAAAUGAGAAAUUGCUUCUAUAUACAUCGACACGAUGUAGCUGAUGACAGUUUUAUUGUUCUAAGCAAUCGUAGAACGACAGCUAUAGAAGCUCGGUGUCGUCUUCAAAUGGUGCAUGUUGUUGAUGUCAGUGAGCAAUUGCGGCAAACUCUGCUUCAAAAGCAAUUCGUAACUCGUGAAGGUUGUCCGGUAGGACAGGACGAUGACGAAUGCGUCUCUCAAGUUAGUCCCAAAGAUAUUCGAUAG